UACAUUGUUUACGGGUGUCAAAUUUUAUAUACUUGGUCCGUCCCUGAGUGUUUGUCCACUUUUUACUUUUGGAACUGUUCAUCUAAGCACUUUGACUCAUCAAAUUCUCUCAAUGUCUCGCUCACCAGCUAAACCCCUCUCACCUUUUGCUCACUCACCAACGCAUCAAAUCGACUCCCACCCCCUUUUAAAGCCAAACACCGCCGGAGAAAUUAUAUCCGUCGAUCUUUCCACCGGAGCAAUGUCUGGGUGCAGCAGAAUCCGCCACAUUGUGAGGCUCCGCCAGAUGCUUCGGUGGUGGCGCAAGGCGGCGGCAAUGACUGCCCGCGGCUGCGUCCCUCCCGACGUUCCCGCCGGCCACGUCGCGAUCGCCGUUGGGACGAACUUCAAGCGGUUCGUCGUCCGCGCCACGUACCUGAACCACCCCGUCUUCCGGAAGCUGCUUUCUCAGGCGGAGGAGGAGUACGGGUUCACCAACUCCGGCCCGCUGGCCAUUCCCUGCGACGAGACGGUCUUCGAGGAGAUCCUCCGGUUCCUGACCCGAUCCGAAUCCGAAAGCAAGAACGGCGGCGCCCGGUUCUCGAAUCUCGAGGAUUUCCAGAAGCAGUGCCAUGUCGGGAUCCGGGCGAAUCUCGAUUUCUGGUGCGACUCCCGACCGCUGCUCCACGGCGUCUCCGCUGCUAAAUCGGUCUGCUGAUGGGCCUCCGGCGGGGGAAAACGGGCCCCGCCGAUGUUCCGGCUCGACCGGACAUCUGAUCUGACAGGGGAAAAAGUUUGGUAAUUUCAGAUUUUUGGAAACCAAACGGCCCCUUGUGAAUGAGAAUAAGAGAUGUACUUCCAAAGCACCGGCGGUGAUCUGAUUUGACUCGUCCGAGUUUGACCCGGUUGGGAAGGGGGUUAAUAAUUUUUUUUCUUUUCUUUAAUUACCCAGCGGUAAAUGGUAAAUGUUGGGCAAUUAUUCAUUUGGCAAUCUCGGGAUUGUGACGGAGAUGGCAACCGAGUCGUCCCGAGUUGGAAUCGGAGUGGAGUCCGGGCAUUUUAAAAGUCGGACUCGACGGCAAGAAAUCAGUAAAUCAGAUCAGAGAGGCAUUUGUAAAUUCAUGAAUUGAACUGUAAUUUGGAACAAAAAAGUGUAAUUUUC